UAAACUCGUUCCUUUACCUUUAUGCAGGCAGCGAGGAGGCAGCGAGGAGGUCACCGUGCUCUUGGCACCACAUCACCAGAGCCCUUCCAGGUUGGGCUGCCCAGGGGAACGGGUGUCCUGCAGAAGGUGGAUGAAAGCCAUGGGGUCUGCAGCCCCACUGGAGAGCCCUUCCAUGUAAGCCGGCAUGCAGGGAGAGGUGUGGGGAGCCAGAAAUGUGCUGGACAAGCUCAAGAGCUGGACGGGCUGUCUGGGAACAGAGAGGAGCUGUGUGCUUCUGCCUUUUAUUGCAGGUUCGCUGUUGCCGGGGAGAGGCUUUAGGCUGUCAUCCAGCUAAUUCACACCAGAGAGACAAGCACUUGAAUUAGUUGCAUUAUCUGCGCCCGGCUAAAGUGGACAAAGGAUUAAAGUGUGCUGAGCACCACCACCGUGAUUUGCAUCUCAGAGCCCCUUCCCACGGGGCCCCCCUUCUGCUCCCAGCCUUGUUUUUUGUCCUUUGGGCUGGGAGCCAGCAUAAGAGCCCUGCUUACAGAAGUGAUGCCGAGGUUAAUAUUGCAAAAGGGCUUCAUCAAAGCUUUUAGUGGCUACUGAAGCAGAAGUGCGGGCCGUGAGCUGCGCACACAGGGGAUGAGCUGCCCGCGCAGCCACACGCUCGCCACCCUCCGCUUGACCAAUCCUUGUCUCAACCUGAGCAGGCUGGCCUGGGAGGAGAAAGAAGCUGUCAUGUCCCAAGGACAAGCAGGAGAACGCAAAGCUGCCAAUGCCCAGGACCAGGGCUGGGCAUGGAUGGUCCUGCUGGCUGCAGUGGUGCUGCAGGCCAUGACACUGGGCUUCCCCUCCUGCAUCGGCAUCUUCUUCACGGACCUGCAGCGUGACUUCCAGGCCAGCAACAGCGAGACGUCGUGGUUCCCAUCCAUCAUGGUGGCUGUGCUGCACGGAGGCGGGCCCCUCUGCAGCAUCCUGGUGAAGCGCUUUGGCUGCAGGUUUGCGGUGAUGCUGGGAGGGCUGCUCAGCAGCGUGGGCAUGGUGUCCAGCUCCUUCUGCAGGUCCAUCAGCCAGCUUUACAUCACCGCUGGCUUCAUCACGGGCCUGGGGUCGUGUUUCAGCUUCCAGGCAGGAGUGACUGCACUGGGAUACUACUUCGUACGGUGGCGAACACUGGCCAAUGCCAUGGCAUCCACCGGUGUCUCUCUGGGUUUCACGCUGUGGCCGCUGCUUUCUCAAUACCUGCUGGAUGAGAUGGGCUGGAGAAACACUUUCCUUAUCUUUGGAGGAAUACUAUUGAACUGUUGUGUUUGUGGAGCCAUCAUGAGACCAGUUCAGCUCGCUUCAGGGUCAGUGCUACAGUCACCCAAGCCUGGAGAGGAGCCAAGGAGAAGAGCAGAAGAGACACAGCUGUCCAAUGGAGCAUCUUCUCCGCAUCAUGAGCUCCAGAAGCAAAGCAGAAGGACUGCAUGCUUCCAUGUGCUGCAGAAGUACCUGGCUUUUGACAUCUUCUGUCAAAACAAACGUUUCCAGAUAUAUACUAUUGGCGUGACCUGGAUGAUGAUGGGGUUUGCAUUACCCCAUAUCUACCUUGUGCCUUACGCCAUCCAGAACGGGGUGGAGGAGCGCAGGGCAGCUCUCCUCAUCUCUGUGAUCGGGUUCAUCAACAUCUUCAUACGCCCCUUCACGGGGCUGCUCUCGGGACACAGAGUCUUCUCAGGGAGACGCAUCUACCUGUUCAGCCUGGCCGUGCUCCUCUGCGGGCUGAGCAACUUCAUCUGUGUGGCGUCAGCUGAGUUCAGCGUGCUCAUCAUCUACUGCGUCAUCCUCAGCAUAGCCAUGAGUGGCAUCGGGGCACUCACCUUCCAGGUGCUGAUGGAUGUGGUGGAGAUGGACAGGUUCUCGAGUGCUCUGGGGCUCUUCACCAUCGUGGAGAGCAUCACACUCCUCCUCGGACCCCCUCUCACAGGUGUCCUGGUAGAUAUAACUAAUGAUUUCCACUACGUCUUCUACAACUCCAGCUUCUUCCUGAUCUCGGCUGCCUUAUUCAUGGCACUCUCCUUCUGUGCUCUGGAAAAGAAAACCAGACUGAAAGAGGCUUCCAAAGUACCUGUGGAUAAUCCUUCCAGGUAUCAGUACAGUGAAAUGCCAACUGAAUCACAGCCUGAAAGUCAACCCCCUCCAGCAGUCGUGUACAUCACAAGCAUAUGAAAAGAAAAAAGACAAAUAAAGAGGAACACAAAUGAUUAUGUGGCCUGUACAAAGCUACACGUGGCCCAGCACUGGUGGCAGAUGAGAAACCAAGUGUCUGCUUUCCACAAAUGUCAUCAUCCUUCUGCACUUCCACUCCAUGGAGCCGUGUCAGACUCCAAGUGAGUGAUCUGGACCACAGGCUGAGCCCAGAACCCAGCGCCAGCCAAAGAGAUGAAGGACAAAGAGAACUGUGCUUCCCCAAAGCAAACCCUGGGAUAACAGCCAUGGUAACCAGCACCGAGACACAAAAGCUGUGUCAGUUCAAUUGGUGUAAAUCAGUGCCUUUAAGUCACUGGAAUCUCACAUGCACAUUCCAGUUGGUAACACUGGAUAAUACGUAUUAAUGGCUAUGCACAAUGGUCACUCUUCCACAAAGAAGUAUUAUUGCCUCAUCUGAACACAUGAUUUUGGUGCAGAAUGUAGAGUUUCCUGGUUGCUUUCCAUGUUGGGGGUGGCAAUUUCCACAGGAAGGCUGUUAUUAUUUUCCACAUCUCUAAAUAUUGUACGGAAGCUGCUGCAUGUGCUGCAGAACUCAGCCAAGUCUCUAGUAAGAGCAAAUAUUUUCUUCUAUGAGGUAUACACACGAGUUCUUCAUGCCAAGGACAUUUUCAAAGCCUCAAAGGUUCAACUCCAGAGCAUCAAAAAGAAACGAACCAACCAGCCUUAGAGUGCCUGCUUUGUGUAACUAGUGACAUCCCAAGUGCUUCUUGAUAUACCAUAAACAGGAUCUGUGGCUUGUGUAAAUACACUUCCUUUCAGCACUAACUGGGACCCAUUGUUGCAGGGGGGGAGUGGUAGCAAAGGUGUUACUAGACCUAACAAUAAGUGUCUACAUCCUUAGAGGGCCAAAUUCAAAGCCACUGUAGUAAAGGAGUUUGCAGUACACAAAGCCCUUGUGUAAAUGAAUCUAGCUCUUUAGUCUUAGACUCUCAGACUUCAUACACCAGCAUUCUCUAUAUUAUAGAGUGCUUGCACAAGCAGAACUACAUUUCUUAUAAGCACAAGCAUAACUUACAGAGGAAUCUGUGGGGAAAAGUACAUUGAGAAAAGUCAAUGUUAUUGACUUCCACAUCCAUACAGCCUUGACUAGAAGUAGCUUUUCUUGCUACACUCCUGGGAAUUACACUCAUAACUACUAAGAUGAGAGCUGCAUGAGCCUUCAGCCUCCCUCGGCAUCAGCUUGAGUUGCACAAUGGUUAUGUUCUGUAUCAUUCCUUAUCUGACAGGAGCAGAUAACACAAUCAUAAAAUUGAUUAGGUUGGAAAAGACCUUUAAGAUCAUUUGAGCCUAACCGUCAACCCAGCACUGCCCAGUCCACCACUAAACCACAUCCCCCAGUGCUACAUCUGCACAUCCUUUAAAUCCCUCCAGGGAUGGUGGCUCCACCACUGCCCUGGGCAGCUUGUUCCAAUGCUUGACAGCCCUUUCUAAUCUAAACCUCCCCUGGAGCAACUUGAGACCAUUUCUCCUUGUUACCCUUGUUACCUGGGAAAAGAGGCCAACACUCACCUCACUCCAUCCUCCUGUCAGGCAGUUGUAGAGAGCGAGAAGGUCCUCUCUGAGCCUUCUCUUCUCCAGACUAAACCUCCCCAGGUCCCUCAGCCGUUCCUCAUCACACUUGUGCUCCAGGCCCUGCACCAGCUCCAUUCCCUUCUCUGGCCCUGCUCCAGCACCUCAAUGUCUCUCUUGUAGUGAGAGGCCCAGAACUGAACCCAGGAUUCAAGGUGCAGCCUCACCAGUGCCCAGCACAGGAGGAUGAUCACUGCCGUGGUCCUGCUGCCACACUGGUGCUGGUGCAGGCCAGGAUGCUCUUGUCUACCUGUGCACGCUGCUGGCUCAUACUCACAAAGCACUGUAGAUGAAGACUCAACACAUCAGAACCAUCAGAGAGACAGAAGCAUAACACGGGAGUGAGAUGGAAGAAGUAACAGCUUUCAGCUUAGCUGCAGAGCUUUUCUUUAGGACUGGUACAUCAGAUUCCCAGCAACAAACCCCAGUUUUCACCAAUGCUGUGGGCUCCCAGGGCAAAACAAACCAGUGGAACUGAAAAAUAAACCUCACAUUGAAUGAAACCACUGGAAAACUGACUCCGAGGUCUUCAGAGACUAUAAUGGCUUCACAGCUGGCUUUUACAGUGGGAAGAGGUAUCACCCUUCAGAGGGGUUCCUGCUCCCACAGCUCAGCAUCUUCUUCAGUACUGCUCUAGGAUUACUGAACCAGUAGGCUCUGCACUUCCUGGUCAAACAUACACUUACAUGACAUGGCUAGUGGGAGAUAAAAAUAUCUGAUCUUGCCACAUGUGUUUAUUAACUGGUGCAAUGCUUACACGGUCCAUAACUACAAAGUAAACAGGGACUGGUGCUUCUCAGCUUAUGGAAACAACGACUGAAGCAAUGGCUGUACAUUCCUAGGAAAAAGAUGGGGCUUUCUCUCUCCCCCCCCGAAAAAAUCAAUGAAAAGGGCCAAGUCCCAAACCUUUCCUAGCUAUUGCAAAUAAAACAGCUAAGCUGCUGAACACA